AUCCUCACUUUCUUUUUGUCGUCAUUUUACCCCCCUUCUCUUCUCUCUUUCUCUGCAAUCUCCCUCUCCUCUUCAUCGGCACCAUCAAAACCCUCCAACUCUCGACCCGACCCGCUUUCUCUUUAAUCCGAUCUGGCUUCAACUUCGCCUCUCAUUUCCGUCCUGGUUUUCGACUUCAACAAACACUAGUGGAGUAAAGCGAGUUGGGUUUCGAAAUGUACAAAAACCAGCUGCAAGAGCUGGCGCAGAGGAGCUGCUUCAAUCUCCCCUCCUACACGUGCAUUCGGGAAGGUCCCGACCACGCGCCUAGAUUUAAAGCUACUGUUAACUUUAACGGUGAGAUCUUCGAGAGUCCUCACUACUGUUCUACUCUCCGUCAGGCCGAACACUCCGCCGCUGAAGUCGCUCUCAACUCACUCUCCCACCGUGGGCCCUCCCCCUCGCUCGCCGCUAGGAUCCUGGAUGAGACAGGGGUUUACAAGAACCUCCUACAGGAAAUUGCACAAAGAGUUGGAGCACCAUUGCCACAAUAUACAACAAUUAGGUCAGGCCUUGGACACCUACCCGUUUUUAAAGGUAUGGUAGAAUUGGCUGGAAUAACAUUUACAGGAGAACCUGCCAAGAACAAGAAGCAAGCAGAGAAGAACGCUGCUAUGGCAGCUUGGACAUCUCUAAAACAAUUGGCAAAAGAAACUGCAAGUUCUUCGACUGAGCCAGAGAACAAUGAUGAGUUAGAGCAGAUUACCAUAGCACGGGCCUUAUUGAAUUACCGGCUGAAAGAAAAGAUGGCAAUGGCAAACUCCCGUGAUGCUCCCAUACCAUUUACAAAGAAAUUUCCUGUUCAGAGCCCUAGACCAACAAGUCCACAACCUCCGGCUACCGCAUCAAAAAUCCUACCUUUAAUUUGCCCAAAGGCAGCUUCUCGACACAGACCAGCAUCCACAGCAAUGAAUGAUAAACAAGUGCUGCCAGUACAUCCAUCAGCUGCAGAUGGCCGAGGGACUCGACCUCAAAGAUUCCCUGCAGCAGGAGCAGCUCCUUAUGUUCCCAUUCGCCAAUUCAGGACUUGUCAUGGUAUAGCCCCACCAGUAACAGUACGAACUGCAGUGCCUUGUUUCUCUGCACCUCCACUUCCACCUCCAUCUGUGCUUCCUCAUCAAGUGAUGCGAGCCCCACCUGUACGAAUUGCUCCACCUGUCACUAUUAGACAGGCUGUGCCUGCAUAUACUGCUCCACAGGUUCGUAAAGAUGAUUCUAAUACUCCUCGUAAAGAUCACCCAGCCACAAUUGUUUCUGCUAUUCGAAAAGAUCCUCAAAAGGUAAUUGAGUCCGCAAUCCAAAAGGAAGUUUUUCCAGCUGUUGUUGAUCCUCCCAUUCUUAAAAAAGAUCCUCCAACCAUCAAUGCUCCUGCCACGCCAGAUAGAACACCAUGCCAAGUAGAGAAAAAUGAAAUAAUAACCCUGACAAGUCUGGAAGAAACUGAAGCAGUACAAAGCUUGGGAGAACUUAAGAUUUGAUAGCUUUUUAGGGAUGAACAAUAGGAAAACAGUUCAGGGUUUUGUGUUGGGCAUAAGUUUGUUUUGUAUUCAUCUCUCAUCUCGUCAUAUGAGUGUCUUGUCUUGUCUUAGCCAUUUUACAUUUUUGUUAUCAAAGAUCCAGUUUCUGCAGGUUA